UUGCCCUGUGUUUGUUUCCUCAAUCCCUAUUCCUUGGUGUGUGUCGUUUCUCCAGCUUGGAGUCACAUUGCCGCUGCCGCUGAUAAGUAAGUUACUAGUGUGAUGGACUGUGGCAGGAAACACUUGUGUUGGGCUCAGGAACCUGUGUAAGCCAGAAAAAGGAAUUAAGCAAUUUGGAGUCUUGAUUUCAGAUGCACCUUUCACCAGAGUGGAGCAUCUAUCUGGACCCCACCUGCGCCGUGGAGCGCGCCAUGGCCUGGGAGUGCCCUGCAAAGCUGCCCUCGCCUCCCGCAAAGCCAGACCUCACCCUGCAAGCCCUCAGUGCCAAGCCCUCAGCUCUCCAAGGAAGGUGGCCCAGCCUGGGAGUGCAUCCUGAGCAACUGCCUCUCGUCCCUCGGCCAAGCAGCAGGGAGCCCUUAGCAGCCUGAGGCGCGGCUGGCUGGGAGCCUCGGGGACCACCCAGCCUCGCUCCCGGCCCACCUGCAAGAUGUGGACAGCCCUCGUGCUCGUUUGGGUUUCCUCCUGGUCCGUAUCCGAAAGCCUGCACAUAUCCAAGCAUCCACUCCUCAACCAGACGUGGGACCAUUUGGAGAAAAACUCAUCCGUGCAAACAGCGACUGGAGUCUUGAACACAACAGCUGAGAGAAUGACCCCGUCUCCCGUCACACUGACCAGAGGGACUUGGGGAGGUGACCACACCUCUCCUGCAAUCACAGCGGGGACAACACACAGGACAGACGUGGGCACUUCUGGGCCGGCUGGAGGGACCCGGGCCGGAGCCGCCUCCAGGGCGCCCGUGCCGCCCGCCCUGACAUCUGCCUGGAGGACCCCGUCCGCACCUGGUACGCGGGCGCCCGGCAACGGCACGUCGUCUAGGCCAGCGACGGCCAUGCCGCCUGCCCCGGCGUCUGCCUGGAGGACCCUGUCCUCACCUGGCACGCGGGCGCCCGGCAACGGCACAUCGUCUAGGCCAGCAACGGCCAUGCUGCCCGCCACACGCACACUGGCCACAAGUGCCCAGCCCACUGCCACGACCCCCACAAGUGUCAGCAGCCCCGCAGGCUCACACGGUCCUCCCAGGCCCACCACCAGCCUGACACCCUCGAGUCCUCAAGCACUCAGUGAGUCCACGCAGGGCCCCACUAUCCAGGCGCCAAGGCCAACACCCUGGACUGUGGAUGACAUGGCACAGAGGCCCACACCCACCCUCUUGAACACAACCCUGGAGCCCACCUCCCCAUCUGCAGCUUCUGAGUCUACGACCGUGGGCUCCACAACCAAGGCCCCCGAGCCGACCGUCAGCACAGCGGCAGCCUCCACACCUCACACCAGCCCAGCCCCCGUGGUGGAGGCCACAACCCCCACGACACGGCCCAGCCCUGCUACAUCCAUGCCGGGGGCCGCAGGGCCGGGCCCGGCUCAGACGCCAGAGCAGGCUGAGCCUGCGGCCACGCCUGGUACUACUUCCCUGGGGCUGACCCCCGGGGACUCCAAGGUGCCACCCACAGACUUGUGCCAGCCCAGUACCCAGGGCCGGUACCUGGUGGUCUCCAGCGAGCCCCUGGCCCUGUCCUCAGUGAACAGAAGUUUCCUCCUGGCGGUGCUCUUGCUGGGGGUCACCCUCUUCAUCACGGUCCUGAUCCUGUUCGCGCUGCAGGCCUACGAGAGCUACAGGAAGAAGGACUACACGCAGGUGGACUAUCUCAUCAAUGGCAUGUACGCUGACUCUGAGAUGUGACCUGCGGGCCAGUGGGCACCGUGCUCAGCCGGGCCUGGGGCCGGGCCCCCCCUGCCCUCCCUUCCGGGUUGCCUCUGAGGCCAAACCAAGUGCUUCCAGAUUCUUUUGGUGCAAUUUAGGAGACAUGCCAGAUGCUUAAACACAUUUAAUUGCUGUCAAGAUUAAUUCCACGAUCACUAAAGAGCGGCUGCUUUUUUUCAUAUUUAUUUUUGUAAUGAUCAUGUUGACACAGGGCCAGUGGUCCUGCCUUGGGAUGGGGCUGGCGGGCCCCCCAGGGUGGGUCCUGACCUGAAUUAAAGCAGUGACCCCUUUCCACUCA